UGGCUGGAUAGUGGACACCUGUAACCGCGCGCGCUACAUUCUGAUUUCAAACUUAAGGACUGCCGGUUGUUUGCCAACAUUUUGUGUAAAAAUAUACACAGCUAAAAAUUAAUUAUUUAAGAAAUAAACCACUAAGAUGUUACUUGGACCGUAACUGGCCUGUUGGUGUGUCCGUGAGCUUAAAUUUGGUGCAAAACAUAAAAAGACAAUCAACGACACUAUGCGGCCCAAGGACCGACUGACACUGGCAUGGAUCCUGCUAACUCUGCGGACUACCAUCGGCCAAGGCGAGUUUACGGAGAAUCUUCCAGACAACGUGCGGGAGCAGAGGUCCUACCCGCAGACGCCCAUCAUCGACAUGCUCAUGCAGUCCGUAGCUCCCAACUACACUCCAUCAUCACCGAACGAUAUCUUCGACUUCCUGAGAGACAGUUACCCUUUGCCAAACGGUCUAAAGUCUCCUCUGAAGGAGUAUGAUUAUGUGAUUGUGGGUGCCGGGUCGGCGGGCUGCGCACUGGCGUCGCGGCUCACGGAGGACCCCGGGGUCACGGUUCUGCUGCUGGAGGCAGGUAGACCGGAGCAGGUGCCCACUGACGUGCCCGCCAUCGCGCCCUGGUUCCAGUUCACCGACUACGUCUGGCCGUAUUACAUGGAACGGCAGCCGAAUAUGUGCUUAGGUAUGAGGAACAAGCGGUGCUUCUGGCCGCGCGGGCGCGCCGUGGGCGGCUCCAGCGUCAUCAACUACAUGAUCUACACCCGGGGCCGCCCCGGAGACUGGGACCGCAUCGCCAAGGAUGGGAACUACGGAUGGUCCUACUCUGAUGUGUUGAAAUAUUACAUGAAAUCAGAGCGCAGCAAUUUGAGAGGCUUCGAGUACUCCCCAUACAGAGGAAGAGCUGGGAAUCUCAAUGUUGAAUUUAUUGAAUACAAGACUCCCCUAAUUGAAUCGUUCCUAGAAGCUGGCAGAAUACUAGGUCGUCCAACAGUAGACUACAACGCCCCGGAGGAAAUGGGCUUUGGCUACGUGCAGGCCACAGUGCUGGGGGGCAGGAGAGUGAGCGCCGCCAAGGCUUUUCUGCACCCCUACAAGAACAGAACCAACCUACACAUCCUACCAGUGAGCAGGGUCACCAAGGUACUCAUCAAUCCUGAAAAUAAACAAGCCUAUGGAGUUCAAUAUGUCAGAAACAAACUGAACUACGAAGUCCAUGCCAGAAGGGAAGUAAUACUGUCAGCUGGACCCAUAGCGUCUCCUCAACUGUUGAUGCUCUCUGGUAUAGGCCCGAAGGAACAGUUGUCCAAGCACGGGAUCCCGUUGAUCGAAGAACUGCCGGUGGGACAGACACUAUACGACCAUAUAACAUUUCCCGGACUAAUAUACACACUAAACACAACGAGGGUGAGCUUAAUAGAGAACAGGGAAACUACACUCAACACGGUGGUGCAGUGGCUCCAGUUCGGUGACAGCGCCAUGGCAUCCCCGGGUGCGGUAGAAGGAAUCGGUUACAUAAAAACACCAAAUUCCAAAGAACCCGCUGAUAUUCCUGAUAUUGAGCUGAUCAGUAUUGGCGGCUCUCUAGUUUCUGAUGGCGGAGAAGGCGCCAGCAAAGGUGUGAGGAGAGGAAUGACCAUCUCAGAAAAGGUAUUCGACGAAGCCUACGGGUCCAUUGACGCUACGGAAACAUGGAGUGCAUUCCCUAUGUUGUUGCAUCCGAAAUCUACGGGAUAUUUGGAAUUGAAAGACAACAAUCCAUUUAGCUUUCCGCGGAUGUAUGGAAACUACCUGACGGAACGCGUGGACGUGUCAGAGUUUGUAGCAUCGAUUCGGUACAUCCAGAAGAUGGCUUCAACAGAGCCUUUUCAGCGGUACGGAGCACGGCUGCACCAGCCACGGUUCUCCAAGUGUCGAAAGCUGGAGUUUGACUCGGACGAGUACUGGGAGUGCGCGCUGCGGGUGCUGGCGGUGAGCCUGCAUCACCAGAUCGCGACGUGCCGCAUGGGGCCGCCGAGUGACCCCCGCGCCGUGGUGGACCCGGAGCUGCGGGUGUACGGCGUGGGCGGCCUGCGCGUCGUGGACAGCAGCGUCAUCCCGCGCACCAUCUCCGCGCACACCAACGCGCCCGCCAUCAUGAUAGGCGAAAAAGCAGCUGAUAUGAUCAAACAGAAAUGGAGUUUCUUAAACAAAGGCUCGUGAACAAAGAUUUUAGGUUUAAUUAUCAAUAAAAUUUAUAAUUCUA